CACAAACUGGUGCACAUGCAAGAACUGCAUUGUUAUGCCAACAAAAAUGGAAUCUAUUUGCUGCCGUGAGAAUCGCAAUACAUUAAGUCUCAUUCCAGAAGGAGGACAAUGUGUUACUGAAAAUAGAGAUUUUACAUCAAGAUGUCUAAAGAAAUCCGAAAUAGAUUUCAUAUUCAGAGUUUUGGGCACAGUCACUCGCAGUCAUACUAAUGACCCGGAAUACAAUAGAAACUUGCGCAAAACGGCAUAUAGGUGUUUCACGGUCUUGGCUCAUGGAUACCUAGGAGCUGGCAUUAGGAGACCAAUACCUGCAUGUGCAGUAAAUGCCAUCCGACAAACGUACCCUGACCCAGAUGGACUGUAUGUUGGAUUCAAAUUUGCAGAAGAUUAUGAUGCUUCUGACAUGGCUCUUAGUUUAUAAUUUUUU